CUGGAUCAGCACUACACAGGUCAUACAGCACGACAGAGAAGACACACCUGGAUCAGCACUACACUGGUCAUACAGCACGACAGAGAAGACACACCUGGAUCAGCACUACACUGAAUCCAACCUAGAAACAGCAAGAACUAUGGAACAAUCUACAGGAAGUCUCUCUAUCAUCACCUGGAACACUUGUGGUGUUAAACCAACAAAACGGUACCUAAAUAAGUUUAUUGAUAUAAUGGACUAUGGCAAGAAACAGAAAGCUGACGUAAUCUUCCUUCAAGAAACUCACAUAGGACCUAACUGCUAUAGAAAGCUGGAAGAACAUGGAUGGGAAGAGAUGGAAACACAUUGGACCUCUUACUUUACCGUUUACUCUCCGAGGAGCAAAGGAGUGGCCAUACUGGUGAAUAAAGACAUACCACACUAUCAGUACAUCUGCCAUGAUGAAGAUUACGCUGGUGGCUACAUUGUCCUGUUCUGUCAGAUGUAUGGUCAACUCUUCACUCUUGUGAACGUGUACAAUCACAAAGAAGACAAGAAAGUACUGGGGAGGCUGUCACAGUAUCUUCAGGAGAUGAAGAUUGGCACUUUAGUGAUUGGAGGGGAUUUCAACACAGUCUUGGACCUCGACUUUGACAAGCGUACAGCAUCUGAACAUAGAUGGUACACAUCCCUACGACCUCUCCUGCAGAGUUUCAUUUCCUCACUGAACCUCCAAGACACAUGGGCAAGACUACAACCAACAGAAAAAGCCUUCACUCGUUCUCAGGGCACCAGCCACUCCCGGAUAGAUAUGUUCUUCAUGCAACAGGACAAAGCCACAUUUGCUCAGAGCUGUGAGAUUCACACUGACUCAGGGAUUUCAGAUCACAACCCUGUGUCUCUGAAGAUCCUCGUUCCUAAAAUAGGAAGCACGUUAACAGAUGUUCAUGAAAAGCUGAGGAAGUUGGGCGAUGGUGGACAAAAUGUCAAGAACAAAUUAGAUAGAAGAGCAGGAAAAAUCAGUGGGGCAGAAGUCCUAGUGGCGAUAAAAUCCCUGGCUGACUCAUCAAAUGGAUCAAGGGAAGAGGACCUCAUGGAAACAGAGACAUUAAAGCAUGAAUACAAUGAAAUACUCAGGAAGGAGGAAAUACCAGAGGGAUUCAAUAUGUCACUUAACCGAAAGUACAAAAUAUUUGCCACAAUACUUGCCAACCGUCUGCAGAUGUACCUAGAACCCUCGUUCACAGGAAGUAUUAAAAUACCACCAAAUAGUUCUCCAUACAUAGUUUACCUGGGCAGCCAACCAUUGAUUAAGUCAACUUUCUUAGAAGAGGCACUGCUGACCAUUUACAUAAUUCAGUCUCCUCCUAAAGACUUCACAAUCCUAAAGCAGGUGCUUCCUGAGGACUUGGGCAUCUUGUGGAAGUUACUCCCAAUGGUUGAAGGUGACAAAAUAAAUCUACAGGAUCAAUGCCCCCUCACCCCAGCACUACUACACCUGUGUCUGAAGUACAUGGAGCACAGAAUCCUUAGUGUUAGAGGCACAGUCCUUAGUGUUAGCCUUCAAAGACGGAGUCUUUGGAUACACAUGGAACAAGAGAAACAGCGUUCUGUGGUCAAGCGGCUCUCUGAAAUCAAAAAGAAGUCUGACCUGAGUUUAGGUGUUUGAAGGUAACAUGAAGUGGAAGAUGGACAUUCAAAUGAAAUGAAACAUUUUUAUUUAUGAACAUUUGAACAUCUUGGCCAUGUUCUGUUAUAAUCUCCACCCGGCACAGCCAGAAGAGGACUGGCCACCCCACAUAUGCUCUCUCUAAUUCUCUCUUUCUUUCUCUCUCUCUCUCGGAGGACCUGAGUCCAAGGACCGUGCCCCAGGACGACCUGACAUGAUGACUCCUUGCUGUCCCCAGUCCACCUGACUGUGCUGCUGCUCCAGUUUCAACUGUUCUGCCUUACUAUUAUUCGACCAUGCUGGUCAUUUAUGAACAUUUGAACAUCUUGGCCAUGUUCUGUUAUAAUCUCCACCCGGCACAGCCAGAAGAGGACUGGCCACCCCACAUAGCCUGGUUCCUCUCUAGGUUUCUUCCUAGGUUUUGGCCUUUCUAGGGAGUUUUUCCUAGCCACCAUGCUUCUACACCUGCAUUGCUUGCUGUUUGGGGUUUUAGGCUGGGUUUCUGUACAGCACUUUGAGAUAUCAGCUGAUGUACGAAGGGCUAUAUAAAUAAAAUUUGAUUGAUUGAUUGAUUGAUUUUUAGAAAAAUAUUAGAGAAACUGUUAUUGUUCAGCUUCACAAUGAGAAAAACAAAAUACCAUUGAAAAUAUAAGAAACAUAUAUCAAACUACAUCCAUGAAGUGUUGAACCAGUGAUCUCCAUACUGCUAUGGGCCCUGAGCACCUGUUCAGCCAUCGGUCUCUUCAGUCAUCUCCAGACCCACGGCCAGCCUGACAGACCCACACCACAACCCGGACUUGUGAUACCUGAAGGGAAAUCAUACUACGAGAGAUGGGAUCGCAAAGGAAGUAAAGAUGGGACCGAAGUAAAGGUCAAACCCAGAACCAAUCCUACAUCAGGUUAGAUCAUAAACAAUCAAAUAAGAGGAAUUAGACUUCAUAUCCAGGGAUAUUGGAUUUCUGGCCCUAUACAUUACUACCUAUAUAAAUGUAAAUGUAUUUUCAAACGUAUGGGUUAUUUAGAUGUAACUGUAUCUUCCUUUUUUAAAAUCAUAUUGCUAUAUUCAUCUUUGAUUAUCUGUCUUGACAGGAAUAUAAAUACCUACUGUACAUAUUAUACUGUAUAGAUGUUUGAGGUAACCUAUGAUGUAUGAAGGAGAAUUACUCCCAGGAGUAUGCAGUGCCUCAGUCUUAUCAGGGUUCUGCCGACUGUACAUCAAAUAUAAAUUCAACUCAAUAUUCUGUUGGGUUUCUCAGGUUACAAUGGCUUUGAAACCACAAGGUCAUCUGAAGUCCCUGAGGUCUCAUUAUGAACAUACUCCUAUGCUUUGUACAUAAUAUAUAUGUCUUCCACAAAUACAUGUGUGUAUUUGUAUGUGUGUGUAUUGUUUACAUUUGUCUUGAUUUAGAACUUCCUGUAGUAAAACAAAGAAAACACAAAUGAAGACAAAUAAACCAUGAAAAUUCACAAAUAGCAAAGUAAAGAAAAUUCAACAGUC